CGCGUGCGCAAUCAGAGUAGGGAUAGCGGCGUGGUGACUGUGAAGAAAACCUGCAGGCUCUCUGCUCGGAGAGAGCAAUAAGUCUGAAAACUAACUGAGUCGCCGCCAAAAUGCUCGUUUUAUUUGAGACCGCAGCUGGAUAUGCUAUAUUCAAAGUCCUCGAUGAAUCCAAGCUGCAACAGGUUGACAACCUGUACAAGGAGUUUGAAACUCCUGAGAAGGCAAAUAAAGUUGUGAAGCUGAAGCACUUUGAGAAGUUCACAGAUACAACCGAGGCCUUAGCAGCUGCCACUGCCCUUGUGGAGGGAAAAAUCGGAAAAAGCCUGAAGAAAGUGCUGAAGAAAGUCGUUGCCAAGGAGGCCCAUGAGCAGCUGGCGAUCAGUGAUGUCAAACUUGGUGGCGUUAUCAAAGAAAAGCUGGAUCUGAGCUGUGUGCACAGCCCUGCUGUGGCUGAGCUGAUGAGAUGCAUCAGGAGCCAGAUGGAGAGCCUCAUCACUGGACUUCCUCCCAAGGAAAUCAGCGCCAUGUCUUUGGGAUUGGCUCACAGUUUGUCCCGCUACAAGCUGAAGUUUAGUCCGGACAAAGUGGACACUAUGAUCGUGCAAGCCAUCUCUCUUUUGGACGACCUGGACAAGGAGCUGAACAACUACAUCAUGCGCUGCAGAGAGUGGUACGGCUGGCAUUUUCCUGAGCUGGGGAAAGUCAUCACAGACAACUUGGCUUACUGCAAAGCUGUCCGCAAAAUUGGUGAUCGCACAAACGUGGCCACCACCGAUCUGUCAGACAUCCUCCCUGAAGAAAUUGAGGCCGAGGUCAAACUAGCUGCCGAGAUCUCCAUGGGAACAGAAGUGUCCGAGCAAGACAUCGGAAACAUCAGUCAUCUGUGCGACCAGGUAAUCGAGAUCUCAGAAUAUCGCACGCAGCUGUACGACUACCUGAAAAACCGAAUGAUGGCCAUCGCCCCGAACCUGACGGUGAUGGUGGGUGAGCUGGUCGGCGCCCGUCUCAUCUCACAUGCAGGUUCCCUUCUGAAUCUGGCGAAGCAUCCGGCCUCCACGGUGCAGAUCCUCGGAGCAGAGAAGGCUCUUUUCAGAGCCCUGAAGACUCGCAAAGACACGCCAAAGUACGGUCUCAUCUACCACGCUUCUCUAGUGGGCCAGACCGCUGCAAAGAACAAGGGCAAGAUCUCGAGAAUGCUUGCAGCUAAAUCUGCUCUGGCUAUCCGCUACGAUGCUCUGGGAGAGGACACGAAUGCAGAAAUGGGAGUAGAGAACCGUGCUAAGCUGGAGGCCAGGCUGCGUCAGCUGGAGGAGAAAGGAAUCCGACGAAUCAGUGGAGCAGGCAAAGCAAUGGCAAGGGCAGACAAAUACCAACACAAGAGUGAAGUGAGGAUGUACGAUCCCUCUGGCGAUUCCACCAUUCCCUCCACGUCAAAGAAGAGAAAGUUUGAGGAGAUGGCGGAGCAGGAGGAGGCGGCUGAAGAGCCUGUAACGCCUGUGGCCAAAUCUAAAAAACCUAAGAAAGAGGCGGUGAAAGAAGAAGAAGUAGAAGAAGAAGCAGCGACAGAGGAGCCUCCAAAGAAAAAGAAGAAGAAAAAGAAGGAUAAAGCAGAAGAAGCUGAGGUGGAGGAACCAAAAGAAGAGGAGGAAGAAGUAGCAGUAUCGGAAUCGACAGAAAAGAAGAAAAAGAAGAAGAAAAAGAAGAUAAAGGAGGAGGAAGCAGGGGAUGAGUGAAAAAGUGGAGAGUGUACAUAUUUUCUGUUCUAGUUUUUAUGCUGUUUUAGUUUUGUUUAUAUGGAAUAAGGGCAGGGCUGUACUGAGUGCCUGGGCUGUGAAAGAGUUAAUUUUAAACAUCAGCAUUGAUGGUUCACUUUGAACUGUGAGCACAGAUUGUUUUCUGAAUCCGUGUAAUUCCUAAUUGUAAACACGUUUUUCUGUUAAAUAUGUGUGGUAUCUACUAUCAUGGUUUUCUGACUUUUUUUAUAUGAAAAUGAAUCUGUAUCAGUUAUAAAUUUCUACUGAGGAAAGAACCACAAGUCUCUUUCGAUUGUCCAAGACUGAAAAUCUGCCCCCCUGGUAAAUAAAACUUUUUUUUGCCCAAA